AUGAUUUCUACUACUACCUUGACCCGUACCGCCCGUAUUGCUCUCCAAGGCUAUCUUACAGCCGCUUUCUUCAAAGAAAUUGUCGUCGACCGCACUAUUCAAGUCAUAUCCAGAUCAGAGAAGGUCUCCAUUAGCCUCGUCACAUCCACUGUCUGCUCCUCGACAGCUGUCCUUCUUCUAGCCACCGCUAAAGCUGCUCGACAAUUCCUCAGCGACGAUUUCCAAUGCGUCCCCGCUCACAAGGACGUGGACAAUACCGCCGAGCCCAACGCACCUUUUGCUGGCGACAAGUUUGCGAAUGCUAUCUCAACAACCAACGCUUUUGAAACACCAGCUCAGCCAUCCUCGUCGCUUGCAGUGAUUGAAUCAAUCGAACCCGCCUUUGACGGUCCCACCGAAGGCUUAUUUACAAUUGAUUCUGACACGACGCUCAUAGCCAGCGAUGAGUACUUAGACGAGGACGUCUUCUUCGGCAACUGCGUCUCGGACAACAUAGAUCUUGACCCGCUUACUGGCGAAAGCACUUUCUACGAGGAAGACUGUCAGGUUACAGCACAGUGCCUUACGGACAAUGAGCCUGAAAACAUCUUGCACGUCAAACAUGACACUCACACUAUCGACAAUCUAAUCAGGGCAAUGUCAGCUCUUUCUCUCGACGAUGUACCGUCUCACAUUUCAACACACUCUCUCGACGAUGUAUCUUCUCAUAUUUCAACUAUUUCUCUCGACGAUGUAUCUUCUCAUAUUUUAACUACUUCUCUCGACGAUGUAUCUUCUCAUAUUUCAACUAUUUCUCUCGCCGAUGUACCUUCUGAAUACGACUCUCAGACUAUCGACAAUCUAACAAGAGCAAUGUCAGCUCUUUCUCUCGACGAUGUACCAUCUCGCAUUUCAACUAUCUCUCUCGCCGAUGUACCUUCUCCUCUAUCUCCUCUCAGCAAUGUACCGUCUCACUUCAAUUCGACACUCUCUCUCGACAAUGUAUCCUUCGACGAUCCACCCUCUCGCCUCUCAACUCUUCCUCUGGACCAUGUACCCUCUCAUUUAUUAAUUCUUCGGCCACACGUCGACAAUGGUUCCCCUCAUUCAUCGAAAUGUCAGCCUCAACGCACCGUAGUACACAACCAUGCCAUUGACAACCUAGUUCGAAAAAUGGUAGCUACUAUUUCUCUCGACAAUGUUCCCUCUCACUUAUCCAAAUUUCAGCCACAUCUGCACGACCACGCUAUCGAUGCUCUACUGCAAAAAUCAAAAGCUCCUACUCUCGACGACAACCACGCUAUCGACGCUCUACUUCAAAAAUCAGAGGCUCUUAUCACUGCAUACGAAAACCCCACUAUCGACGCUCUUCUUCAAAAUUCAGAGACUCUUGUUGCUAUCAACGCACUUGCUUUUGACGGCAUCGACGCUCUACUUCAAAAAUCAGAGGCUCUUAUCACUGCAUACGAAAACCCCACUAUCGACGCACUUGCUCUCGACGGCAACCACGCUAUCGACGCUCUACUUCAAAAAUCAGAGGCUCUUGUUGCUCCCAACGAAAACUCCACUAUUGACGCACUUGCUCUUGACGGCAACAACGCUAUCGACGCUCUACUUCAAAAAUCAGAGGCUCCUGUCGCAUCCAACGAAAACUCCACUAUCGACGCACUUGCUCUCGACGGCGACCACGCUAUGGAUGCUCUAUUGCACACAUUAGAAGCGCUUACUCUCGACAAUAACCACGCUAUUCAAGUUGACGCUCUACUGCAUAGAUCAGACGCUCAUACUCUCGACGACAAUAUCUCUCAGUCAUCGAAACACAUGUUACAAGAUAACACAGACGACAGUUCCCACUUGCACCACCAUACCACUAACAGUCUACUCCCAAAUAUCGAAGUUAUCAAUCCUCGGAAUUUCAACUACGACACACCCUACACGACGAUGCUAUCGACACCGUACUUCGAAAUAUGGAGCCUCCUAUUCUCGAGGAUAACCCCUAGCAGUCACCAAAACCACGACCACAGUAUCGGUAUCCUACCGGCUGCUGAACUUCGCAUGACAUCUACGAACAAUGACACAUCUUUUCCAACACAUCUGGUGUCAGAGGUCCCCUACGACCCGACACCUAGUGGCCUCUCUCGCUGUCCCCUACGACAUGGAGUCAUACUAUCCACGAGAUUGAGGGUCCCACACAUACUACGCGUCGACAUAACAGCUCUUCGAUGA